ACUCUCUCUAUGCAAUGAGAAAUUUUAACCUUCGCUCUUUGGAUCUUUCUGGAUUAAAAAAGAUAAAUGUUCUUGUGGAUAAUAUAUUUGAAGCAUUACAAAACACUUCCCUUCAAACAUUAAUCUUAAGUCACAGUAACAUCUCACAUGUCAACAGCAACACAUUCAAACUAUUAGAUUCUCUUGAAGUUCUGAAACUAGAUUUUUGUCAAAUUACCAGUUUAGAAGAAUCUACAUUCACAAAUUUGACUCGUUUAAAAAAUCUCAAGAUUUUGAAGUUACAACACAAUCGUAUUAAUGUUAUUCCAGGUGGUUUAUUUUCUACAUUGGCUGGUCUGUCAGAUUUACAACUUGGUUCCAAUGACAUAACUACUAUACCUGAAGAGAUUUUCAUCAAACGAAAAUCACUGAGUUUUCUGGAUCUAUCCAAUAAUCAUAUUUCCAAGAUGCCCAAAAGUUUUUCAAAAGAGUUAACUCGAAUAAGAAAAUUAUAUUUAGAUUCUAACAAACUUGGAAAAUUCUUAUCUACUGACAAAAAGGGCUUCCUGCUGAGUGGUCUUAAAAAUCUGGAAAUUAUUGAUUUAUCUCAUAAUGAAAUUCAAGGCCAAUUGUCUAAGAAAAUCUUUCAAAACAAUAAACAUCUGAAAUAUGUUUAUUUCAGGGGAAAUAAAAUUACUGGAUGGGAAAACAACACAUUUGAGGUAACAAAUUUAACACUGAUGGAACUUGAUGUCAGUAAUAACUUCAUAUUUACUUUUGAUAGUGAUUCUUUAAAGUAUAUAAACAGGAAGAAAAAGUUCAACGUUACUGGGAACCCAUUUGCAUGUGACUGCAAUCUUCGUUGGUUCAGGGACUGGUUAAAUACUACAACAGUAGAUAUUGUAGACAAAAAUGGCCUGACGUGCAACAGUCCUCCAGAUUGGCAGGACAAGCAAUUGCUUGAUUUCACUCGGUCAAAGAUAGAUUGUACUGACUAUACGCUUUACUAUAUCUUAGGUGGUGUAGGUGGAGGUUUUCUUUUAACUGUUGUCAUAGUUUUAUUUGCAUACACUAAACGUUGGUACAUCAGAUUUAAGAUAUUUAAACUUUAUCAGUAUGUACAGAAAGCAGGCAAUAAAAAGGAGUAUGAAGCUAUACCUGGAGAUGACAUGUAUUUUGAUGGGUACAUCAGUUACUCUGACAAAGAUGCUGAUUGGGUUGAAAAGUAUUUGAUGCACACAUUUGAUAAUGGAGAAAAUGGAGAAGAUAAGAACAAUGGAAACUUUAAACUUUGCUUUCGAAACAGGGACUUUGCUUAUGGAAAAUAUAUUAUUGGAAUGAUAGAAAGUUCUCUGGCUGUGAGUAAGAAAAUGAUAAUGGUUCUGACACCAUAUUAUAAAAAAGACAAGAGAUGUGAAUUUGAAUUGCAGCUUGGUAUUAUGAAGCUUAAUAUAAAAAAUGUGAUGCCUAUUGUGCUCAAAAACUUACAACCAAAUCAGAUUCCUAAUAGUCUGAAAGAAAUCUUUGAAACAAAUAAAUUUAUUGAAUGGGACAAUAAUGAGUAUGCUACAAACUUUAUAAAACGUAAACUGGAAAAUUUUCUUAAUGAACGGAACUUCUAGGUAUAUAUAGUUCGUAACUACUAAGUGUAUAUAUAUAUAUAUA